AUAUGCCUGUCAACACGGUGCAUAUUUCUUUACGACUUAGUUCGCCUACUGUGUUGACAUGCUUCGCCUGUCGACCUGUAGGUAAAGCCUGCAGCCCACGACCUGACGAGUUUGUUGUAUAGAUUAAUGCCUCAAUUUAGCUUUUUACCCGAAGCAACCGACCAAGAGCUGGUUAUUAAAUUAUUAAACGUUUAAACUUUCAUUUAUACGUAAAUAGCGGCAUACAUUUAAUAAUGAUAAUUUUUACUUUCUAUUCAUGGCUGCAAAUGCAUUGCUGUUUUAAACUUUAAAGUGUGUUUCCGAGUGUUAUAUUCUAAGGGCUUCUGUGAAUUAAGCGUUAUAGUAUUACCCCAGAUAAUUUAAUAAAAUAUUCUUCGCUAACACAAUAAGCCGGGUUUAAAACGAGCAGAAAUAUUUUGUCACGAUCAUGUGCAUGUUGUUGAUAUUGACUAUAUUUUAUUGUCGUUUUGUCUAUUCAAAACUCUUUUGUGAUAUUGCUAAUUGUCAACUUGUAUAAGUGUAUAACACUCGUGGUUUUGUGGGGCCAAACACCUUUCGAAUGUUUCAGAUCUCGCUUUCAUACAGCGAUGUGAACCCCAAAUAUUUUAACUUUCCUUCUGUGUUGUUUGUGCUUAUUGAAUCAUGGUAAUAAUCGCAUUGAAAAUCUAAAUACAUAAGCCAUCAGAUCAGAUGGAACUUGCAAGAAAAAGUGUUACAGCAUUCAAUAUAUGCAAAUAUUGUAAUGUGAAAAUUUAUGAACAAGAAACUGCAGCAGAUCGGGCGAAUGAAGCCAAUAAUCUUUAACCUUUCACUUAAAAAUUUUUGUUUUAAUUCCUUAAAACCACAAUUAUUUUGCCCUUUCGGCAUUUACGUCUGAGGAUCAUUCGAAAUAUAUUCCAAAUUUUCGUGUGAUGUAAAGCAAAUGAUUAAUUGCUUUAUGUAAAAGAACCUAAUAUCAUUGAACACAAAGGUCUACGUGCAGUUAAAACAAUAUUUCAGGAUACAGCCAUAUCCGAUUUCACUCUUCAGUAAAUGUCAAUUGUAUAAUGUCUCAUGAUACGUCUAUUUGCGAGCGUCAGCGAUCAGAUCUCGCCGUUCGCUUUCAGAUUUCGUUCGAGGAAAGACUGCAGUGUUUACAUAUUCAUUAACACUUCAGAGAAACUGAGCUCGUCAAGAUGUCUAUAUUAGACGCUACAACCGCUCCAACUUUAAAGGGAAAUAUUGAAAAUGAGUCUAUUCCACGAGAUCAGGCAGAGCAAAUGCUACAAGAUUUGAUCAAUGAAAUGAAUGAUCAGAAUUUUGACUCGAUAAAGUAUGCAUCAUACAGAACUGGAGCCAAGCUUUCCUUUAUAAUGACAAAAACUAAUUUGAAUCUUGUGGAUAUAUACAACAUGAUAGAAGCAUUCCGAGAGAAUAAUCUGCAUGUAUUAGAUCAUGAGAGUGACAUUCAUGAAUCACGAUUGGAAGCCGUACUAUCAAGUAUAUUUUAUGCAUUAAAUAAAAGGAUACCUUCCACUACUGAUAUUGAUGUUGAAAGAUGCAUUGCUCUGGUAAAACACUGGUUACUUUAUGCCUAUGACAGUGAUGCAAAUGAUAGGAUAAGAGUGUUAUCUGUGAAAGCAUCACUUUCAAUGUUGUGCUCAGGAAGACAAGUUGAUAAGUUGAGAUAUGUAUUUUCUCAAGUGUCAGAGCAGAAUGGCAAGUUAAAUUUCACCAAAUUCGAAGCAUACUUGAAAGAAAUCUUGAAGCUUCCAGAAGCAGUUGGUGAAUCUCCAACAUUUGGUUUCAACGAAGAUGUAGUGAAUUCAUUCUUUAGACCAACUGGGCCUCUGAGACAGGAUUCAACAACCUUAGAACAUUUUCUUGACUGUAUUCUGGCCAGCGAUCCUCCUCCAUCAUUGUUAUGGCUCACAGCUUUUCAUAAAAUUAUUUAUGCUUCAAGAACUAAACAUGAAGUUGCUUGCAAAGUAUGUAAGAAAACUUCAUUCAAAGGUCUACGGUAUAAAUGUUUACGCUGUGUUGGCUACACUUUGUGCCAGGAUUGUUUUUGGAGAGGCAGAGUAGCUGGAAGUCAUGCAGUUGAUCAUGACUCAAGAGAGUAUUCAACCUGGAGUGAAGGUGAAAAGGGAACCAGACUUUCAGCUGGUAAAGUAACAGAUCCUCUACCGCCUAAGGUACCUGAUUAUCCAGAAGAGCCGAAUCCUGAUCAGACCAUGGAUAUGACAAAUAUUGUGCCAUCAAUUCAGGAUUACUCUACUAUGAAUGGUGUGUCGCAUUCCACUCCAAGCUCCUCAGGCAAGCUAAGUGAUCCAGACAGUGCAGACUCCAGAGUGGAUGAUGAACAUAAACUUAUAGCUCGCUACGCUGCCAGAUUGGCUGAGAGCACGGAUGGGCCACCAAAUGCGAAGAAAACCCCAGCAGAACUAAAGGAAGAUCUGGAACAGAACAAAGCUAAGCGAAAAAUCAUCAUCGACCUUCAGGCUACGAACAGGGAGUUACUUGAGGAGAUUCGGAAUCUUCGUGAAGUACGGGAGGCCGCCGCUGACCAACCAAACGGAGCAACAACGGACCCAGCACAGAUGGAGGAACUAAAAGGAUUACGUCAGAAGAAAGAUGAGCUGGAAUUACGGAUGAGCGCACUACAAGAGACUAGGAAAGAGUUAAUGUCGCAGCUGGAAGGAUUAAUGAGUAUAUUGAAGGCUGGCUCACCAAGGACUCGCUCUACGCCAAGUUCACCAUCGACCCUCCCCAGGAACCAGGACUAUAAGAUACGUUCCCUGCCGAAGCAAAGAUCGGGCCAAUCAAUGCACGGUGACAGCAAAGGUAACCCAAGUCAUCAAGGAAGAAAUCUUCGUAGUGAUUUACUUCACGCUGCUGACAAUGUCACGAACGCGAUGUCGUCACUUGUGAAUGAACUCACUUCAGAAGAUGACGACGAUGAUGACGACGAUGACGAUCUAAACAACAAUAUCAGGUCUAACGGGAUGCCACCAAUGAUCUCCGCUGACCAUACGAGCCGUCCCAUCCCGGCAGAAGGGUGAACAGUUAGUAUUUCUUGAAGCCUAGAGUUAAUUCUUGGUCUUUGGUUUGCCAAAUUCGUAUGGAACUUUUAUGUUACUAUUAGCCAUAAGGAUAGGCUUGCAUAGGAAUAUAUUUUGUCUUAUUUUUGUAUGAGAUGUCUUUUGUAUCGACCGUGUAUGUAUAUAUAUAGGAAAUAUAUAUAUGCUUUUGUAGUAUAAUGCAUGGUCAUAAGUGGCGCAGAACUUAUAGAAUAUGAUCAUUUGCAUCAUCUUUUCAAAACGUACAUCACUUUGGCGAUGUACGAAAUCGAGUACUGUAGUUUUCGAAAGGAUGUAUUAUGCAAGAGUCAGUAUUUCGUAAGAAAGGCUUCGAAGUAGAAUUUAGAGUUAGAUAAAAUAUAAUUUGGUUUUAAUA